AUGAAAUUUGUGAAAGAGUUCAAGACCCAUUUGGAAGAAACCAUCCCUGAGUGGAGGGAUAAGUUCCUCUGUUAUAAACCAUUGAAGAAACUCCUGAAUCACCACCUUCCUUUAAUUCAGGAAAUUGUGUUUGCACAAUUGGGAGCUGUUAGGGCCUGGCGAGUGUACGAGAGAAGAAGAUAUAGGAGGGAUAGGGGAGAGGACGAGCGUCCUGAGCAAGAAGGGAACCGUACUGUAGCGGACGAGCGUUCUGAGCCGGAGAUAACGAGGGGCGAGGACGAACGUCCUCAGCGAGGGGAGGACGAGCGAGUGGGGCAACAAGGAGUGAGGACGAACGCCCUGAGCGAGCAGAGCGAGGACGUGCGUUCGGAGCGAACGGGGCAACGAAGAGAAAGGACGAGCGUCAUGAACGAGCAGAGCAUGGACGAGCGUCCUGAGCAAGUGGAGGCGACGAGGGGCGAGGACGUGCGUCCUAAGGAGGAAAGCGUCAUGGAAGGAAGGCUGAAUGCUGUGGAAGGAAGGAUGGAGACCCUAGAAAUCUCCAUGGGCGGACUAGAGUCGACAGUCCAGGAAUUGGUGAGGGUGAUAGGGGAGCGAGGUCGACGGGAUGAUGGACACCUUGAUGGUAGUCAGGGAUCGAUCAAUGGAAGAAGGAAUGACGAGGAUGAGAGGGAUGGCAGCGGCGUAGAGGGUGGACACCGAGAGGAGCAGCCGUACUGGAGGAGGAGGGUCGAGUUACCCGUAUUCGAAGGCAGCGAACCUAUGAACUGGAUUUAUAGGGCGGACAAAUUUUUCGAACUGCAAGGGGUACCAGAGGACGAAAAGUUGCGUCUAGCAUACAUCAGCAUGGAAGGGAUAGCCGGACACUGGUUCCGGUUUUGGAGGGAGAAAGCCAGGAACCGAUCGUGGGCAGGAUUAAAAGAGGCAUUGGUGGUUCGGUUUGGAGGCAGAAAUCGAGGAACGGUCUUCGAGAGGCUGGCAUCCUGUAAACAAUCAGGGUCCGUGGGAGACUAUAUCCAAGAGUUCGAGGUGCUGGUGGGCCAAGCAGAAAAAAUACCCGAGGCACAGUUGAUGGGGUAUUUCAUGGCAGGACUACAGGAGGGUAUUCGUAACCAACUCAGGUUGCUUGACCCGAAGGAGUUCAUGGACGUCAUGAGACUAGCAAGGGACGUGGAGGCGUUCCAAGCUGGAGCAAGGGCAAGCGGGGGAAUCAUCAGCAAAGGACAAACGUGGGGAAAACCGAGCGGUUCAGUGGCAAGGGUGGAUCCUAGCCGCCACAAUCAGAACCGAACAGGUUCCGUUGAGAAGGAAGGAGGCCCAAGGAGAGAAGGCGAACGUACGUUCCCUAACGUUCAAGGCAGGAACGUACGGGAUUUACCGUACGCUGAGUACGUCAAACGUAGGGAGGAAGGAAGGUGUUUCAGGUGUGGAGGACCGUUCGGUCCGGGGCAUCGCUGUCCAGAAAGGGGACUACGGAUGCUGAUAUUGGCAGAAGAGGAGGAGCCAGGAGGAGAAGAAGAGGUGGAGGUUGAACUCGAACAAAUGGAGCUAUCUGCUUUCUCGGUAGGAGGGCUCACCCAGGCCAGGACGAUGAAGCUACAUGGGCAGAUAGGGACGAAGCAGGUUCUGAUUCUGAUUGACAGUGGCGCCAGCCACAAUUUCAUAAGCAAGGAAUUGGUAGAAGAUCUAGCAUUACCCGUAGUAGAUACACCACCCUACAGGGUGAGUUUGGGGGAUGGACAGAGAAAGGAGACGAGGGGGUGCUGUGAGGCCGUAACGAUCCACAUGGGAGAGGUUGUGAUCAAUGAACGAUUUCACCUGUUCGAGUUGGGCGGAGUGGAUGUGAUACUGGGGGUAGAAUGGUUGGCCAAGCUGGGCGAGGUAACCUUAAAUUGGGGGCAACUAACUAUGGCGUACGUUCAAGCAGGGCGCAAAAUGACAAUUAAAGGAGACCCAACUCUAACUCGGAGAUUGGUGGAACCUGCAGCGUUGCUUAAGAUGAAGGAAGUAGAGGUCUGGUUGCUAAUGUGGGAGCUUGGGGAGACAGAGAAGGAGGAGGAGCAAAGACCGUACGCUCAGGUAAAAGAAACGUUCGAUCCGGAGUUGACAAGGAAGCAGACGUUCGACAUGAUGCGAAUCUUGGAACGGUACACGAACGUAUUCCACGAGCCGAACGGACUACCGCCAGAUAGGGGAAUGGUUCAUCAAAUUCCCUUAAAAGAAGGUACGGACCCAGUGAAUGUAAGGCCGUACAGAUACCCCCAUGUGAUGAAGGGGGAGAUUGAGAAACAGGUGGCGGAAAUGCUGAAAGCAGGCGUUAUAAGGUCGAGCAACAGUCCAUAUUCGAGCCCAGUAAUUUUGGUAAAGAAGAAGGAUGGCAGCUGGAGAUUUUGUGUGGACUACAGGGCCUUAAACCGAGCCACUGUACCUGAUAAAUUCCCUAUCCCCUUGAUAGAGGAGUUGUUAGACGAACUGAGGGGGGCCAAAUAUUUUUCAAAGGUGGAUUUGAAGUCAGGCUAUCAUCAGAUACGAAUGGGAGCAGGCGACAUAGAGAAAACGGCUUUCCGGACACACCAGGGUCACUACGAAUUCAUGGUGAUGUCGUUCGGCCUAACCAACGCACCAGCCACUUUUCAGAGUGCCAUGAACAAACUGUUGCAGCCUUAUCUGCGGAAAUUCGUACUGGUAUUCUUUGAUGAUAUACUGGUGUAUAGCCGUACCUGGGAGGAGCACUUGGAGCAUGUGGGGACGGUGCUAAGGGAGCUCGUGGCAAAUAGAUGGGUAGCCAACAGGAAGAAAUGUGAAUUCGGCAGAACCCAAAUAGGUUAUCUGGGCCACCGGAUAUCCGAGAAGGGUGUGGAGAUGGACGAAGACAAGGUACGAGCCGUGAUGGAGUGGGAGAAACCGAAGACGGUGAAGGCUUUGAGGGGGUUUCUGGGGCUGACGGGAUAUUACAGGAGGUUCGUGAAGGAUUAUGGAAAGAUUGCCAGACCCUUGACCGACCUUCUUAAGAAGGGGCAGUUUGCAUGGACGGAACAAGCAGAGGAAGCCAUGUUAAGGUUGAAGAAGGCAAUCACGACUGCUCCUGUAUUGAUUCUGCCUGAUUUUGACCAGCCGUUUCACAUUGAGUGUGACGCAUCCGGAAGGGGAAUUGGAGCGGUACUCAUGCAAGGGAAGCAGCCCAUAGCUUUCUUUAGCAAAGCGCUAUCUGAGGGGUCGUUAGGGAAGUCAAUAUAUGAGAAGGAAUUAAUGGCACUGGUUUUAGCCAUACAACACUGGAGGCCGUACCUGUUGGGGCAACGGUUUGUGGUUCACACUGAUCAGAGGAGUUUGAAGUACCUUUUGGAGCAACGCAUCACUACCCAGAAUCAGCAGAAUUGGCUGGCAAAGCUCCUGGGAUACGACUUUGAGAUUGUGUACAAAUCAGGGGUAACCAACAAAGUAGCGGACGCCCUAUCACGCAAGGAUGAGGAUGAGUUGCAGGACGAGAAGGAAUUGACGGUGAUUGCUCGCCCGUACUGGCAAGAUUUCAGGGAAAUCUUGGAAGAAGUCGAGGCGGAUGAGGAGUUAAGGAAAGUAAUUGACGAUUUGAAGAAAGACCCCAACUCCCACCCCUCGUUCACGCUGGAGAACGAGCGCUUGCACUAUAAAGGGAGGCUCGUGCUGUCAGCCCAUUCGGCCUGGGUGCCCAAGUUGAUAGCCGAAUUCCAUACCACACAGACCGGAGGCCACUCGGGGGUCUACCGCACGUACCGCAAGGUGGCGCAAUCUCUUUAUUGGGUGGGAAUGAAGAAAGCCGUAACCGAGUUCGUUGCAAGCUGUCUGGUCUGUCAACAACAUAAAUACUUGACCUCAUCACCGCAAGGGUUGCUGCAACCGUUACCCAUUCCCAACGCAAUUUGGGAGGAGAUAAGCAUGAAUUUUAUUGUCAAAUUACCCAAGUCUAGAGGAUAUGAUGCUGUGUUAGUGGUGGUGGACCGUCUCAGCAAAUACGGACAUUUCAUACCCUUAAAGCACCCUUAUUCCGCACGCACCAUAGCCGAAGUCUUUGUGAAGGAGAUCGUCCGAUUGCAUGGGGUGCCUCUAUCUAUAGUAAGUGACCGCGACCCACUGUUCUUGAGUAAUUUUUGGAAGGAGUUGUUCAAAUUACAAGGCACUCAACUAAAGAUGAGCACCGCCUAUCAUCCUGAAUCAGAUGGGCAGACGGAGGUUGUCAACAGGAUCUUGGAGGGGUAUUUGAGAUGUUUUUGUUCCGAACAGCCCAAGGGAUGGAGCAUCGUAUUACCAUGGGCGGAAUACUGGUACAACACCAGCUACCAGGAGUCAGCCAAAUGUACCCCAUUUGAAACCGUCUAUGGGAGGCCGCCCCCCUCACUGCACAGGUUCGUUCCAGGGGAAACCUUAGUGGAAGCAGUAAAUCAGGAGUUACAGACAAGAGAUGAAGCACUCCACCAGCUAAAGUUCCAUCUAGCCAGGGCUCAAGAAUUAAUGGUGAGGCAGGCCGACAAGGCAAGGAGGCCGUCCCAAGUAGGGGUGGGAGAUUGGGUCUAUUUGAAGAUUAGACCUCACCGACAAACUACGAUGUCGUCCACAGUACAAUCUAAACUGGCCGCUCGUUAUUUUGGACCUUUCCUGGUCAUUCAGCAAGUGGGGGCAGUCGCAUUUAAGCUGCAAUUACCAGCAUCCGCACGGAUACAUCCCGUGUUCCAUGCGUCACAGUUAAAGACGGCAGUAGGGGACCACCGGAUCGAGCAGGAGUUACCAAUAGACUUAGAGAUGGAGGAACCGUCACCACGGCCGGUCAGAGUCUUGGAUAAACGGCUGGUGCAGCAGGGAGAGGACGAACGGCAGGAAGUCUUGAUCGAAUGGCAAGAGGGAGGUCCUGAUGGGGCGACAUGGGAAGAUGCCCUCACCAUCCAAGAUCAAUAUCCCGACUUCAACCUUGAGGGCAAGGUUGAUCUUCAGGAGGUGGGUAAUGUUAGGGCCUGGCGAGUGUACGAGAGAAGAAGAUAUAGGAGGGAUAGGGGAGAGGAUGAGCGUCCUGAGCAAGAAGGGAACCGUACUGUAGCGGACGAGCGUUCUGAGCCGGAGAUAACGAGGGGCGAGGACGAACGUCCUCAGCGAGGGGAGGACGAGCGAGUGGGGCAACAAGGAGUGAGGACGAACGCCCUGAGCGAGCAGAGCGAGGACGUGCGUUCGGAGCGAACGGGGCAACGAAGAGAAAGGACGAGCGUCAUGAACGAGCAGAGCAUGGACGAGCGUCCUGAGCAAGUGGAGGCGACGAGGGGCGAGGACGAGCUGAAAGAGAGAAUCGAGCGUCUUAAAGAUAAAAGCAGCCACAGUGAAAUGUACACAUCUGACUGUGAAUUCAGUGAAGAAAUGAUGGACAUCAGGAAGGACUUGGUUACCAUCCAUGGAGAAAUGGUGCUCCUCAAAAACUACAGUUCUUUAAACUUUGCAGGACUAAUUAAAAUUUUGAAGAAGUAUGAUAAAAGAAUUGGUGGGUUGUUGCGUUUGCCUUUUACACAAUUUGUUCUUCGUCAACCAUUUUUCACCACCGAACCCAGUGGGUUGUUGUUAUGA